CAAGCUCAUUACAAAACCGAAAACACGGGCAAAGAAACGCCUCAUAUUUCAGAUACCAUGGCACCAGAGGGACUUUAUCUUGCGUUCCGUAGAUUUUCUCAAAGGGUUGUCAGGGUGAACCACAAUUCUGAAAGGGAAAGAUCGGAGCUCUUCAAUCGUUUGUCGGUGAGGCUGAAAGCGCAUCCACUUUACCGUGCAUACAUUGACUACAUCACCGAAAAUUUUAAAACUUUUUCUGAGAAAGUGAAAACUCAGUACAAAGGAGUAAUUGCUCAGAAAAUUCGGCGGACGAUCGAAUACGAGAACACGCACGGCCACAAGUCUCUUAUCAGGUUUCUGCAGAGUCUACGAAAUGCUUUCUGGAGCAGAAAGGGGCCACAACUCUCUGCUCUGUUUGCAGCAUCCCUGUUCUCAUGGAAGGAAGAAAACGUCACAGAUCAAGAAAUAUCGAGAGCUAUUGAUGAUAUGUCAGAAAUACAGGACAUGGGCCGGCAUCACCAACUAGAGGGGGCCCACCCCACAGGUUGUCUCAAAGACUGGACGCUCAUUGUCAAUGAACCAUCACUGAAAAUCUGGAGAAGACCCCUCCCCAAUUCACACCUGUACGAAUAUAAAGUUUACGGGAGGUAUGAUGAUGUAUCCCCCUCAGCAUUUUACCAAGUUCAGAUUGACCUAGAAUACAGGAAAAAAUGGGAUCAUUAUGUUGUUAAACUGGAGGUCAUUGAUAAAGACCCAGGGUCAAAGUCUGAGGUCGUGCAGUGGGUCACUAACUAUCCGGCAACAUGGUAUAGCAGGGAAUUUCUGUACAUUAGGAGAUUUAAAAUUGACAAGGAGAGAAAUGUGAUGGCGUAUGUGGCCCGAGCAGUGGACCACCCCGAGUGUCCAAAGAAAAACGACUUUGUCAGAGUUGAUCCUUACAGCUCCUACAUGGUCAUCAAACCAAACACUACAUUCGAGGAGAAUGGCCUUGAGUAUGUAAUGACAUACCAUGAUGAUCCCCAGUUGAUGUAUUCUAGUCUUGCCUUCAGCUUUGCCACUAGUAUAGGAAUAGAAUUUGUGGACAAAAUGCAUAAAGCAGCCAAGGAACUUCAAAAGAGGUCUGGAUUUCGACCAAGUUAUGUACCAAGCAGCGAUAGCAGUGUAUCUGCAACAAGCUCGGGGAACUAUAUCCCUAACUAUCAGUGACAAUUCUAUGUCAUCAGGUCUAACCAGGACCUCUGUUUUAGACCUAUCUCACAUUGGAAGAUAUUGCUGAAAAGUUGCACCAUGGAUUGAAAGCACAACAUAAAAUGUGUUUCAUCCUGUAUACAGGGGCUCUAAAAAUUGUGCAUUUGCAUUUAUUUUUCUAAGAAAAAUUUUAUGCAUUUAAUUCAGCCUAAACUGCUAUUUAUUUGAAUCUUUCUUAUGUAGGAUGUUUAAGAUUUUGUCAUUGACAAGCUUAUAAGUUAAAUUUAUAGGCAUUGUUGAUACAAUUACAUUGUAGAUAUCAUAUUUGAUACUUAGUGUCGAUAUUAACACAUGUACAUGUAUGAUGUGCUUAUCAAAUUUUGGUAUAAAAUUCAUCUGAGUUUUUUUUUUUAAAUUGUAGAGUUAUUAACUCA